CGAUCCCCUUUUCUUCAGAAAGUCUAGAAUUCUGUGGAACAGGGCUUACAAACCAGCCCUCAGGCCAGUUGGAGCUUAUUCUUCUGUGGCCGGACUUAAUUUUUGCCAGUCUGGUUUCUUUCAUAUUGUGGUAACAGAAGAAAGGAUUAUUUUGAAAGACCUAUGCCCAUCAGCUGACAGUAUUUACUCUGUGCUCCUUUACAGGAAGGAGUAGAGGUAGCCCAGCAAUCUUGUGUCCACAGCAGUGCUUGCUUGGUUUGAUUUUCACCUUAUAGAAACAUUUUAAAUUCAAGAAUCUUUCUGUCCAGAUUAAGCUUUCAGCACCAUGAUGGGACCUGUAUGUGACAGUACAGCUGCAGCUGCUGCUUCCUCCUUUUUUUUUUUAACGGUACACAAACUGUUUGUCCAUCCAGCUUGUUGGCAACCUUUACAGAGAAGAGGAAAAAAAUUCAGCUCUCUCAUACUCCCAGUGUAGCUGUCCUCCCUGCCUAUUGCUUUCUUCUAAAGGAAAGGCACUAGAAUUCUAUUGGUGUGGUUGUAGCCAGCCCUGGCCUGGCCUCUGGUCUUCCUGGCUGUAAGAAAGAUCUUUGUUGGCCCGAAGGAAGACAGAACUUGAUUGUAUCUCUCAUUCCCUUAGUGAAAAUGGUGGCUUAUCUUCACCUUCUGGUUCAAGAGAAGAUUCAGGGUAUACAAUAUUGUAGCGUCUGAGAGUGCCUGGUGAAGAAUGUGAUGGGAUCAUUAGCAUGUCUACGGAGAGCGGCCCUGGGACAAGAUUGAGAAAUCUGCCAGUAAUGGGGGAUGGACUAGAAACCUCCCAAAUGUCUACAACGCAGGCCCAGGCCCAACCCCAGCCAGCAAAUGCAGCCAGCACCAAUCCUCCACCCCCAGAGACUUCCAACCCUAAUAAGCCCAAGAGGCAGACCAAUCAACUGCAAUAUCUGCUCAGAGUGGUGCUCAAGACACUAUGGAAACACCAGUUUGCGUGGCCUUUCCAGCAGCCUGUGGAUGCCGUCAAGCUGAACCUCCCUGAUUACUAUAAGAUCAUUAAAACACCCAUGGAUAUGGGAACAAUAAAGAAGCGCUUGGAAAACAACUAUUACUGGAAUGCUCAGGAAUGUAUCCAGGACUUCAACACUAUGUUUACAAAUUGUUAUAUCUACAACAAGCCUGGAGAUGACAUCGUCUUAAUGGCAGAAGCUCUGGAGAAGCUCUUCUUGCAAAAAAUCAAUGAACUGCCCACAGAAGAAACUGAGAUCAUGAUAGUCCAGACAAAAGGAAGAGGACGAGGGAGGAAAGAAACAGGGACAGCAAAACCUGGUGUAUCCACGGUACCAAACACAACUCAAGCAUCAACUCCUCCGCAGACCCAGACACCUCAGCCGAACCCUCCUCCAUCUGUGCAGGCCACAACUCACCCCUUUCCUGCUGUCACCCCAGACCUCAUUGUCCAGCCUCCUAUCGUGACAGUGGUGCCUCCCCAGCCACUUCAGACGCCUCAACCAGUACCCCCCCAGCCACCCCCCCCACCUGUUCCAGCUCCACAGCCUGUUCAGAGUCACCCUUCCAUCAUUGCAGCCACCCCACAGCCUGUGAAGACAAAGAAAGGGGUGAAGAGGAAAGCAGAUACCACCACCCCCACCACCAUCGACCCCAUUCAUGAGCCGCCCUCACUGGCCCCAGAGCCUAAGACCGCCAAGCUGGGUCCUCGACGGGAGAGCAGCAGACCUGUGAAGCCCCCAAAGAAGGAUGUGCCGGACUCACAGCAGCACCCAGCACCAGAGAAGAGCAGCAAGAUCUCUGAGCAGCUAAAGUGCUGCAGUGGCAUCCUCAAGGAGAUGUUCGCCAAGAAACACGCUGCCUAUGCCUGGCCCUUCUACAAGCCUGUGGAUGUGGAAGCACUGGGUCUGCACGACUACUGUGACAUCAUUAAACAUCCUAUGGACAUGAGCACAAUCAAGUCUAAACUAGAGUCCCGUGAAUACAGAGAUGCCCAGGAUUUUGGUUCUGAUGUCCGAUUGAUGUUCUCCAACUGCUACAAGUACAACCCCCCUGACCAUGAAGUGGUAGCCAUGGCUCGAAAACUCCAGGAUGUGUUUGAAAUGCGCUUUGCCAAGAUGCCUGACGAGCCUGAAGAACCAGUAGUUAUGGUGUCCUCCCCUGCAGUGCCACCCCCUACAAAGGUGGUGGCCCCACCCUCAUCUAGUGACAGCAGCAGCGAUAGUUCCUCUGACAGUGACAGUUCCACUGACGACUCCGAGGAAGAGCGAGCCCAGCGGCUGGCUGAGCUCCAGGAGCAGCUCAAAGCAGUACAUGAGCAGCUUGCAGCCCUCUCACAGCCUCAGCAGAACAAACCAAAGAAAAAGGAGAAGGACAAGAAGGAAAAGAAAAAGGAAAAGCACAAAAAGAAAGAGGAAGUAGAGGAAAAUAAGAAAAGCAAAGCCAAGGAACUUCCUCCGAAAAAGACAAAGAAAAAUAACAGUAGCAACAGCAAUGUGAGCAAGAAGGAACCAGCACCCAUGAAGAACAAGCCGCCUCCUACAUAUGAAUCAGAGGAAGAAGACAAGUGUAAGCCCAUGUCCUAUGAGGAGAAGAGGCAGCUAAGUCUAGACAUCAACAAACUUCCUGGUGAGAAGCUGGGCCGUGUAGUACACAUUAUCCAGUCGAGGGAGCCAUCACUCAAGAACUCCAACCCUGAUGAGAUUGAGAUUGACUUUGAGACUCUGAAACCAUCUACACUUCGAGAGUUGGAACGCUAUGUUACCUCUUGUUUGCGGAAGAAAAGGAAACCUCAAGCUGAAAAAGUUGAUGUGAUUGCUGGUUCUUCCAAGAUGAAGGGCUUUUCAUCCUCUGAGUCAGAGAGCACCAGCGAAUCCAGCUCCUCUGACAGUGAAGACUCCGAAACAGAGAUGGCUCCCAAGUCAAAAAAGAAGGGACACCCUGGGAGGGACCAAAAAAAGCAUCAUCACCAUCACCAUCCACAGAUGCAGACAGCCCCAGCUCCUGUGCCCCAGCAGCCACCCCCGCCUCCCCAGCAGCCUCCUCCACCCCCGCCUCCGCAGCAGCAGCAGCAGCAACAGCAGCAGCAGCAGCAGCAGCAGCCGCCCCCACCCCCCCCACCGCCGCCCUCCAUGCCACAGCAGACUGCCCCAGCGAUCAAGUCCUCGCCCCCACCCUUCAUCACUGCCCAGGUACCCGUCCUGGAACCACAGCUACCAGGCAGUGUAUUUGACCCUAUUGGCCACUUCACCCAGCCCAUCUUGCACCUGCCGCAGCCGGAGCUGCCACCUCAUCUGCCCCAGCCGCCUGAGCACAGCACUCCACCCCAUCUCAACCAGCACGCUGUGGUUUCUCCUCCAGCUUUGCACAAUGCGCUGCCCCAGCAACCAUCUCGGCCUAGCAACCGUGCUGCUGCUCUGCCUCCAAAACCUUCCCGACCCCCAGCUGUGUCCCCUGCCCUGACCCAGCCCCCGCUACUCCCACAACCACCCAUGGCUCAGCCCCCACAAGUGCUGCUGGAGGAUGAAGAGCCACCUGCCCCACCCCUCACCUCCAUGCAGAUGCAGUUAUACCUACAGCAGCUGCAGAAGGUGCAGCCCCCCACACCACUACUCCCUUCCGUGAAGGUGCAGUCUCAACCCCCACCCCCUUUGCCACCUCCACCCCACCCUUCUGUUCAGCAGCAGCAGCUCCAGCAGCAACCUCCACCACCCCCACCUCCUCAGCCCCAACCACCACCCCAACAACAACACCAGCCCCCACCACGGCCAGUUCACUUGCCAUCCAUGCCCUUUCCUGCUCAUAUUCAGCAGCCCCCUCCACCUCCAGGCCAGCAGCCUACUCACCCACCCCCAGGCCAGCAGCCACCCCCACCACAGCCUGCCAAGCCCCAGCAAGUCAUCCAGCAUCACCCUUCCCCCCGACACCACAAGUCGGACCCCUACUCAGCUGGUCACCUUCGUGAAGCCCCCUCUCCGCUUAUGAUACAUUCCCCUCAGAUGCCACAGUUCCAGAGCCUGACUCAUCAGUCUCCACCCCAGCAAAAUGUCCAGCCUAAGAAGCAGGUAAAGGGCAGGGCUGAGCCACAGCCCCCAGGUCCUGUCCUGGGCCGAGGCCAGGGAUGCCCACCUGCCUCACCGGCUGCCGUACCUAUGCUGUCCCAGGAGCUGCGUCCACCCUCAGUUGUCCAGCCCCAGCCCCUGGUGGUAGUAAAGGAGGAGAAGAUCCACUCACCAAUCAUCCGCAGCGAGCCUUUCAGCACCUCACUGCGACCAGAGCCCCCUAAGCACCCAGAGAGCAUCAAGGCCCCAGUCCACCUGCCCCAGCGGCCUGAGAUGAAACCUGUAGAUGUAGGGAGGCCUGUGAUCCGGCCCCCCGAGCAGAAUGCACCCCCAUCGGGGGCCCCUGACAAAGACAAACAGAAACAGGAGCCAAAAACGCCAGUGGCACCCAAAAAGGACCUGAAAAUCAAGAACAUGGGCUCCUGGGCCAGUCUGGUACAGAAGCACCCGACCACCCCAUCCUCCACAGCCAAGUCCUCAAGUGAUAGCUUCGAGCAUUUCCGUCGAGCCGCUCGGGAGAAGGAAGAGCGGGAAAAAGCCCUGAAGGCCCAGGCUGAGCAUGCAGAGAAGGAGAAGGAGCGGCUGAGGCAGGAGCGUAUGAGGAGUCGAGAGGAUGAGGAUGCGCUGGAACAGGCACGUCGAGCCCAUGAGGAGGCACGACGGCGCCAGGAGCAGCAGCAGCAGCAGCAGCAGAGGCAGGAGCAGCAGCAGCAGCAGCAGCAACAGCAGCAGCAGGCAGCUGCUGUGGCCGCUGCCACCGCCCCCCAAGCCCAGAGCUCUCAGCCCCAGUCUAUGCUGGACCAGCAGAGGGAAUUGGCCCGGAAACGAGAGCAGGAGCGGAGGCGCAGGGAGGCAAUGGCAGCUACGAUUGACAUGAAUUUCCAGAGUGAUCUUUUGUCAAUAUUUGAAGAAAAUCUUUUUUGAGAGCACCUAGGUGACUUCUGCCUUUUUCUGGCAAAAAUACUGACUCUCCAUAGUGUUAGGGGCGGCAGUGGAGGCAGUAGCAGUGGCCAGGGGUGUCUCUGGGCCUGGCUCUCCUGCAUGCUAUGCCC